GUCCGGUGCUCCUCCUUGAGUUGCUUCUUCCCAAUCUCCGUCCGUCCGCCCGCCCGCCGAUGAGGAGGAGGAGUCCUCUUUCUUGAGCAUGGAACCUUUCCAAUUCCAUUACCCCCCUCCCCUUCCCUCCUCCUCCGCUGCUCCCCUCGUCGGCGCCAACCACACUUCCGCCCGCUUCUGCUCCCGCCAGCCUCCCAUCCCCAUCCCCAUCCCCAUCCCCGUCCCCGCCCUCUACUAGAUCCACCCUACCAUGGACCCGCCGCCCCGCAGGUGCUCCCUCCUCACGCGGGCCCUCCUCCUCGCCAUCGCCGCCCUCGCGCUCCGUCUCAUCUACGCCGCCUUCCUCGCCGCCAUGGCCCUCUACCCGCCGCUGCCCUCCGCCGUCCUAGGCCUAGGGGGCAAGACCUACGUCCACUCCGCCGUCGCCACCCCCGAAGCCUGGCGCACCCGCGAUUGGCGCAACGCGGUCGACUACCACGCCACCGUGCUCGCCGCCCACCUCGCCGACGGUAUCCUCUCCCCGACCUCCCGCGCCGUCUGCCUCGGCGCCGUGCAGGAGGCGCUCGCCAUGCGGGAGCUCGGCGUAUCCACAGCCGUUGCCAUCGCCAGGAAGCGCUCUCCCCCGCUCGCUGUCUCCGGGAACGACCGCCGCCUCCCGUUCCCGGCGGCCUCAGUCGAUUUCGUCUUCGCCGGCCGCGCUCUCGACUCCUCCAAGCGCCCGUCUGACCUCGCCGCCGAGGCCGCGCGGAUCUUGAGGCCAGAGGGGCAUCUUGUCGUCCUCACUUCUAGUGCCGGCGACGCCUACAGCCUCCGCGCGCUCCAGGCCCUUCUCCCCUCCCUCCGCCUACUCCGAUCUCGCCAGAUCAAUGGCCCGGACGCCUCCACCCUGCUGCGCGAGCUCGUUUUCCAGAAGCUUGACGACUCCACUACCGACGAUCCUCCUCUAAACAACUGCACAAUUGGGGAUCACAAGCUCCAACUACUGGAGCAUGCUGAGCCGCUGAUCCAAGAGGAGCCACUCAAGCCGUGGAUCACACUAAAACGGAACGUCAAGAACAUCAAGUAUCUCCCGGCUCUCGCAGACAUCAGCUUCAAGCGCAACUACGUCUAUGUCGAUGUCGGCGCCCGUAGCUAUGGCUCCAGUAUUGGCAGCUGGUUCCGCAAGCAGUACCCCAAGCAGAACCAUACCUUCCAGGUGUUUGCCAUUGAGGCCGACCCGGCAUUCCACUCUGAGUACGCCGCAAAGAAGGCUGUCACAUUGCUUCCAUAUGCUGCUUGGGUCAAGAAUGAUUCCCUCAAAUUCGAGAUCAAUGGUGAUCCUGGAAAGGAGGAUGAGGCGAAGGCUAAUGGGCGUGGCAUGGGGCGCAUCCGCCCCAUGGCAGGGAAGAAGAUGUCCGGUGAGGUGCGGAGUGUCCCAGCGUUCGACUUUGCAGAGUGGCUGAAGCACACUGUGUCGGAGCAGGACUAUGUGGUGAUGAAGAUGGACGUGGAGGGGACAGAAUUCGACUUGAUCCCAAGGCUGUUUGAUACAGGCGCAAUCUGCUUGAUCGACGAGCUGUUCCUUGAGUGCCAUUACAACAGAUGGCAGAAAUGCUGCCCUGGUGAGCGUUCACCCAAGUAUCAGAACACGUAUGAUGAGUGCUUGGAGCUGUUCAGUUCACUCCGGGAGAGCGGCGUUCUUGUGCAUCAGUGGUGGUGACUACUGGCAAAAACCCUCUUUCAGUACGUUUACAGAUAGAGCUGAAGCAUUAGAGAUGGCAAAAGGGUCUCAUGCUUCAGCCGAGUGUUCAAUUUCCAAAGUAAAUUUAUUCUUUUUUGUUCUUGUGAACAUAGGAGAUUCAGAGGUUGAAUUGUUUUUCUGUUAGAUGUUACGUAUUGUAGUUAAAAGAAAAGGAGUUAAGAGAAGAAAGGUAACAUUUGUAACUGCACUCCCAGCAAAAAAAAAAAAAACUGCUGCGGAUUGCCAUUGUUAUCAUUGACAAAAUGGAUCAUUUCCUGACUGAAUUCUUUUUAUGUUCAUUCAUCUGCUUGCUGCAUAUGGUGUUCCCAGGCACUUCGG